GCCUACUGGCUGUUAACUCGGCUACAGGGUGUCGCGAGGUCCAUUCCGAAAGCAAUCCCGUUGACUAUCAUUCUACGGGCGGAAGCGUGUCACAACCUAGAGUUCGACCCUUAGCGGAAGUUCGUCACGUCGCAGUUGCCUCAGCACAGCGGAUGUGUGUCGCCCCGUAGGUGACACUGGGAAGUGCUUGCAGCCUCCGCCGCUGCCUUCUGGUUGAAGCACUAUGGAGGGAGAGAGGAAGAACAACAACAAACGGUGGUAUUUUACUCGGGAACAGUUGGAAAAUAGCCCAUCUCGUCGUUUUGGCCUGGACCCAGAUAAAGAACUUUCUUAUCGUCAGCAGGCGGCCAAUCUGCUUCAGGACAUGGGGCAACGUCUUAACGUCUCACAGUUGACUAUCAACACUGCUAUAGUAUACAUGCAUCGAUUCUACAUGAUUCAGUCCUUUACACAGUUUCAUCGAAAUUCUGUAGCUCCAGCAGCCUUAUUUCUAGCAGCUAAAGUAGAGGAGCAGCCAAAAAAAUUGGAGCACGUCAUCAAGGUGGCACAUGCUUGUCUCCAUCCACAGGAAUCACUUCCUGAUACUAGGAGUGAGGCUUACCUGCAACAAGUUCAAGAUCUGGUGAUAUUAGAAAGUAUAAUUCUGCAGACUUUAGGCUUUGAGCUAACAAUUGAUCACCCACAUACACAUGUGGUAAAGUGCACUCAACUUGUUCGAGCAAGCAAGGACUUAGCACAGACUUCUUACUUCAUGGCAACCAACAGCCUGCAUUUGACCACAUUUAGCCUGCAGUACACACCUCCUGUGGUGGCCUGUGUCUGCAUUCAUCUGGCUUGCAAGUGGUCCAACUGGGAGAUCCCAGUCUCAACUGAUGGGAAGCACUGGUGGGAGUAUGUUGACGCCACUGUGACCUUGGAACUUUUAGAUGAACUGACACAUGAAUUUCUACAGAUUCUGGAGAAAACACCCAAUAGGCUUAAACGCAUUCGGAAUUGGAGGGCAUGCCAGGCUGCGAAGAAAACAAAAGCAGAUGACCGAGGAGCAGAUGAAAACACUUCGGAGCAGACAAUCCUCAACAUGAUUUCCCAGAGCUCUUCGGACACAACUAUUGCAGGUUUAAUGAGCAUGUCAGCUGCUUCUACCACAAAUGCAGUGCCUUCCAUUCCAGCCACUGAAGAGUCAUCCAGCAACUUGAGCAGUGUGGAAAUGUUGCAGAAUGAGCAUUGGCUGUCUUCUCAACCUCCUUUUAAACUGGAACAUGCUCAGGGUCAUCGGACUAGUGAGAAUGUAGCACUUACAGGAGUCGAUCAUUCCUUGCAGCACGAUGGUUCAAAUGCAUUUGUCUCCCAGAAGCAGAGUAGUAAGAGUGUGCCAUCAGCUAAAGUGUCACUGAAAGAAUACCGUGCAAAGCACGCAGAAGAGUUGGCUGCCCAGAAGAGGCAAUUGGAGAAUAUGGAGGCCAAUGUGAAGUCACAGUAUGCAUAUGCUGCCCAGAAUCUCCUGUCCCACCGUGACAGCCAUUCUUCAGUCAUUCUGAAAAUGCCCAUAGAGGGCUCAGAAAACCCUGAACGGCCUUUUUUGGAAAAGGCUGACAAAACAGCUCUCAAAAUGAGAAUCCCAGUGGCAGGUGGAGAUAAAAUUGCCUCUUCAAAACCAGAGGAGAUAAAAAUGCGCAUUAAAGUCCACGCUGCAGCUGAGAAGCACAAUUCUAUAGAUGACAGUGGCACAAAGAGCCGAGAGCACAAAGAAAAGCACAAGACUCACCCAUCUAAUCAUCAUCAUCAUCACAAUCACCACUCACAUAAGCACUCACACUCACAGCUUCCAACUGGUACUGGGAACAAACGUCCAGGUGAUCCAAAACAUAGUAGUCAGACAAGCACCUUACCACACAAAACCUAUAGCUUAUCUAGUUCUUUCGCCUCUGCCAGUUCUACUCGCAAAAGGGGCCCCCCUGAAGAGACUGGGGGAGCAGUAUUUGAUCAUCCAGCAAAAAUUGCCAAGAGUACUAAAUCAUCUUCCAUAAAUUUCUCCUUCCCCCCUCUUCCUACGAUGGCCCAGUUGCCUGGGCAUAGCGCAGACACAAGUGGCCUUCCCUUCUCACAGCCCAGCUGUAAAACUCGAGUUCCUCAUGUGAAACUGGAUAAAGGCCCCGGUGGGGCCAAUGGUCACAACACAACCCAGACGAUAGACUAUCAAGAUACUGUGAAUAUGCUUCACUCCCUGCUCAGUGCCCAGGGUGUUCAGCCCACUCAGCCUCCUGCGUUUGAAUUUGUUCAUUCGUAUGGCGAAUAUCUGAAUCCACGGGCUGGUGGAAUCUCCUCCAGAUCUGGCAAUACAGACAAACCUCGGCCACCACCUCUACCAUCAGAACCUCCCCCACCACUCCCCCCACUUCCUAAGUAAAACAGAAGAGGAGAAAAAAAACUUCUUUAAAAAACACUUUUUUAAAAAAACAAAACAAAACAAAAAAACUACUGUUGUGGACUAAGAAAAUUACUUCCCUUAUGAAAUAUUUCACCCUUUUGGGAUUAGGGAAUAAAUUGAUGUUGCAAAGUAGGUGGGAAGGUGGUAGAAGGUCUUGGUUAUUAUAGCUACUGCCUCAGAAAUCUUAAUUAUUUUAUUACAGUUUUUUAUUGGUAUUAGAUGGAAAUGUGUUGAAGCUGUGAAGGAUUAAGAACACUUUCUGAAUUCUUGGCCUCUCCACCUCCUAAUUAGGUUGAUUGGAGUUGAUAUCUUCCCUCUUCUUGCCAGGACUGAAACAUGGAGGGUUGGUUUUAUUAAACAAUUGUGGAUACUUUUGGGGUUAAUAUAUCAGAAGAGAGGAAGUAUUUAAACGUCAAAAUCUUUUAAGAGACUUUAAAAAAAUAAUUUAAAGAAAGUAAGUUAUCUGUUUAGUUUUUUUAUAUAAUUGGGAGGGGAUAGGGAUUUUGCUAUG